GGCCACGGGCAGCCCAGGGACCCCCACCCGGCGGCCCCCGGCAGAGCCCGGCGCGGCGCCGAGCCCGGCCCCGCCGCGGGCAGCCAGCCCCUCCCCGCCGAGGGAGCCGACACCAAGACCUAUUUGUGGGCCAGGUACCACGAGAUGAAAAAGCUGGUCUACGAUCUCCUUCCACCAGGAGUCUGCAAUCUCCUCAAUCCGGCCGCUAUCUAUGCUAACAACGAGAUCAGCCUGGGAGAUGUUGAGAUAUAUGGCUUUGACUACGAUUACACAUUAGCACAGUAUUCUAAUUUACUACACUCUAUGAUUUUCAACACAGCCAGAGACAUCCUGAUAGAACAAUUCAAGUACCCAGAAGGGCUUGGGAAGUAUGACUACAUUCCAGGGUUUGCCAUACGUGGACUUCACUAUGAUGUACAAAAGAGUCUUCUGAUGAAGAUCGAUGCUUUCCAUUAUGUCCAGCUGGGGACAGCAUAUAGAGGGCUCAAACCAGUGCCUGAUGAAGAGGUAAUCGAACUCUACGGUGGUACGCAGCACAUCCCCCUGUACCAGAUGAGUGACUUCUAUGGCAAGGGUCCGUCACUUAAGCAGUUUAUGGACAUUUUUUCUCUUCCUGAAAUGACACUGCUGUCUUCAGUCAUUGAUUACUUCAUAACUCAUGGCAUUGAGUUUGACCAGGUGCAUCUUUACAAGGAUAUAUCUGAUGCUAUUAGAGAUGUACAUGUGAAAGGAGUGAUGUACAAAUGGAUUGAAAAAGAUAUGGAACAGUAUAUUCUGCAUGGGGAUGAAAUCUAUGCUGUGCUAAACCGACUGGUGAACCACAAGAAGAAACUCUUCCUCAUUACAAACAGUCCCUUUAGCUUUGUGGACAAAGGAAUGAAACACAUGGUUGGCAAGAACUGGCGGGACUUAUUCGACAUGGUCAUUGUGCAAGCUGACAAGCCCAACUUCUUCACUGAUCGGCGGAAACCUUUUCGAAAACUGGAUGAUAAAGGCUCACUGCAGUGGGACAAAAUAAACCAGCUGGAGAAAGGAAAGAUCUACAAAGAGGGUAAUCUCUUUGAUUUUCUGAGGCUGACAGGCUGGCGUGGGUCCAAAGUGCUGUACUUUGGUGACCAUCUGUACAGCGACCUUGCGGACCUCAUGCUGCGUCAUGGCUGGAGGACUGGAGCCAUCGUUCCUGAACUGGAGACAGAGAUUCGGAUCAUAAACACAGAGCAGUACAUGCACUCCCUGACCUGGCAGCAGGCUCUGACGGGGCUGCUAGAGAGAAUGCAGAUGUAUCAGGAUGCAGAGUCGAAGCAAGUAUUGCUGGAGUGGAUGAAGGAACGUCAGGAGAUCAGGUCGCUGACGAAGAACCUGUUCAACCCCCAGUUUGGAAGCAUCUUCCGCACCUUCCACAACCCCACGUACUUCUCUCGACGGCUGGUGCGGUUCUCCGGUAUCUACAUGGCAUCCAUCAGCUCCCUGGUGAACUAUGACGUGAAUUUCACCUUCUACCCCCGGCGCACCCCUCUGCAGCACGAGGCUCCGCUCUGGAUGGAUCAGCUCUGCACAGGCUGCAUGAAAACCCCCUUCCUGGAGGAGAUGGUGCAUAUCCGGUGAAGGGGCAGGGACUCCGGGCACAGCACCGUGCGAGUCUGUAUGUGGGGCCGGGCUGCUGGGCCAGCAGCACCUCUGUCUACCACUAAAGGGCGUUUGACAC